AUGAACAUCACGCUUUCUUCAAGCCACAAACUAUGCCACCACAGUACCCCGUACUGCCUAGGCAGCAAAAACCCACCUACGCGCUUCUUAAACAGAUCGUACACCGGUACCACCAAAACAAAGUACGGCAGCGACAUGAAGCACGUUUACGCACAAUCCUUGACUUUGUUGUUGGUGGGCGUUGGAGUCAUCUCCGCUACGAGUACCUGCAGCGAUGAUGAUCUCUACGUUAUAAGAAGUGCCGCUUCGAUUGGCCUGGUUGUGGAUGGUACCGACCAUAGGCAAAUUACCGUGGAGCCCUACACUGGUUUCAGCACGCAGUUGUGGAGAUUUAAGAUUGGUAACCGGCCUGGGUUGUACUACAUCAUCAACAACCAUACGGGCCACGCUCUGGAUUUUAUUGAUCGUAAAGUGCCUGUGCUCGUCUCCACCGAGCCCAGAGACACUUUGGAUCAGCAGUGGAUGGUUAGUAUGAAUGGUACUAUUGUCAAUGCCGCGAAAUUGUGGAACCUCGAUAUUCACAAAGCUGAGUACGUAGCCGGGAAUGGUCUCAUUGUUUGGGAGAAUAACGGGUGCGAGUGCCAGAGGUUCACUCUACAGAGGAAAGUGUAGGGUUUGGUACGACUUGUCAUGGUACUACAUCCAUUUUGUAUUUGUUUCGAUGUAAAUUUAAAGUGUUUUACAAAAAAUAAACCAAUAAUUAUAA